AUGGGAGUUGUGAUAGUUAUCUCAGAAGCAAGGAUUGAAGACACUCGCCAGGGCCGUAGCGAAAAGAGGGCGUUUCCCAGGAAGCGGGACCUCCCCAGCGAAGCCCCCACAACUCCUCUGCCGGAUGCCUCGGCCUCCCCUCUGUCUCCACACCGAAGAGCCAAGUCACUGGACAGGAGGUCCACGGAGUCCUCCCUGAUGCCUAACCUGCUGAAUUUCAAGAAAGGCUGGCUGACCAAGCAGUACGAGGAUGGCCAGUGGAAGAAACACUGGUUUGUCCUUGCUGAUCAAAGCCUGAGAUACUACAGGGAUUCGGUGGCUGAGGACGCAGCUGACUUGGACAGGGAAAUCGACUUGUCUGCCUGUUAUGAUAUCACAGAGUAUCCAGUCCAGAGAAACUAUGGCUUUCAGAUACACACAAAGGAGGGCGAGUUCGCCCUCUCUGCUAUGAUGUCCAGCAUCCGGUGGAAUUGGAUCCAGACCAUCAUGAAGAACGUCCACCCGGCCUCAGUCCCAGAUGUGAUAAGCUCCUUGCCAGAGGGAAAGAACCCGAGCAGCUCCUCCUCUGAGACCUGCUGGAGGCCCAGUGAAAAGCAGGAGCCAGACCCUGAGCAGAGGAGGAGCCGGGCUCGGGAGCGGAGGUGGGAGGGGCGCUCCAAGACCUUUGACUGGGCCAAGUUCCGCCCCAUCCAGCAGGCGUUGGCUCAGGAGAGGGCUAGUGCCACAGCACCCUCCGACACCCACCCUGAGGCAGAGCCAGGGGAGCUGGAGCGGGAGCGUGUGCGGCGACGGGAAGAAUGCUGCAGGCGCAUUGGGACACUCGAUGCUGUGGACAGGCCAGGCACCGACGCAGCCCUGCGGAUGGAGGUCGACUGGAGCCUGGCCACCGACCUCAAGACACAGAAUGUCCACGUGGAGAUUGAGCAGCGGUGGCAUCAGGUGGAGACCACCCGUCUCCGGGAGGAAAAGCAGGUUCCCACUGCCCCCCUGCAGCUAUCCUCCUCUGAGGUUGGAAGUGAUCAACUCUCCACUCACGAGCUGACCUCACUGCUGGAGAAGGAGUUGGAGCAGAGCCAGAAGGAGGCCUCAGAUCUUUUGGAGCAGAACUGGCUCCUGCAGGACCAGCUGAGGGUGGCUCUGGGCCUCUGGGAACAGAGUGCCUGGGAGGGUUACGUGCUACAGGCCACAUGUGAGUGAGGCUUUGCAGCAGUGGAAGAAACGCACCAGAAGAAGAUUGAAGACCUGCACCAGCGGGAGCUGGAGAAGCUGCGGGAGGAGAAGGACCGCCUCCUGGCCGAGGAGACCGCGGCCACCAUCUCAGCCAUCAAAGCCAUGAAGAACGCCCACCGGGAGGAGAUGGAGCGUGAGCUGCGGAAGAGCCAGCGGUCCCAGAUCAGCAGCAGCAAUUCAGACAUUGAGGCCCUGCGGAGGCAGCACCUGAAGGAGCUGCAGUCAGCGCAGUGGGAGUUGGAGGUCCUCUCGGAGCAGUACUCACAGAAGUGCCUGGAGAACGCCCACCUGGCCCAGGCACUGGAGGCCGAGCGGCAGUGCCAGCGGGAGAACCAGGAGCUCAACGCCCACAAUCAGGAGCUAAACAACCGCCUGGCUGCAGAGUUGGCCCAGUUACUGACGCUGCUGACCGGGGACACUGGCGGGGAGGCCGCUGGCUCACGUCUCACACAGGGGAAGGAUGCCUAUGAGUUGGAGGUCUUAUUGCUGGUCAAGGAAUCGGAAAUACACUACCUAAAGCAGGAGAUCAGCUCUCUCAAGGAUGAGCUGCAGUUGGCAUUACGGGAAAAGAAGUACGCUAGUGACAAGUACAAGGACAUCUACACCAAGCUCAGCAUCGUGAGGGCCAAGGCCGACUGCAACGUCAGCAGGCUGGGGGAGCAGCUGAAGGCUGCCACAGAGGCACUAGACAAAAAGCCCCCUGAAAACACCCCCGUGACAGGAUAUGAUAUAAUGAAAUCUAAAAGCAAUCCUGACUUCUUGAAGAAAGACAGAUCCUGUGUCAGCCGGCAACUCAGAAACGUCAGAUCCAAGUCCGUAACUAAGCAGGUCUCAUGGGAUAACUGAAACGAGCCCGCUUCCAGGUCCCCUGUCAUAGUCUGAAAGAAGGCCUGAUGGUACAAGAACGCUUGAAGCUCUUUGAAUCCAGGGACUUGAAGAAAGACUAGCUGUAUCCCCUUCAGCUUGAAUACACACCCUGCCUGGCUUGCGCAGCACCACCCAAGUGUUGUAUUCUGUCUGUACCUUUCUUCUUCUUCUUCUUCUUCUUCUUAUCGUCAUCAUUAACUGUGGGUAUGGAUGCAUAAGGGACUGGUUUAUGGGCUCACACCAUUCCCUGCCGUGUUGAUUCUGACUUCCUAUUCGUCUUUAUGCAGGCUUUCUCCCAUGGUUUCUAAAGUCAGCCAAGCAGCAGGGGCCUGGAGGGCCGCGUGCUCCGGACUGGUCUGUUCGUCCCCCCCCUGCUUUGGCCCACACACUCACUGUCAGUAUUAAGGCCCAGCAGCCUGGCGAUAAGCUAGCUGUGUCCCUCUGAGCGCCGCGUGGGGUCAGGGCCCCACAGCACCAGCUCUGCUGUGCACCAGGUCGCCUGGAGCAGGAACAAGCCUUCAGGAUGAGGUUCGGCCUGGAUCACGGCACUGACAGGUCACUAGUCUGCAGAGGAGCAGGAGGAGCAGGGCAAGGGGCAUGGCUCACAACCUUGACUUGCACCUUCUGGCUUGAGAGGAGGAGAGCAUUUUGUACUUGUUCCUCUAAUGUAGCUUAGAACCACACCCCAGGUAAUGGUGGUAAAUCUUUCACAGCCUGGAAAAUGUUGAAAGCAGCCAUUCCUAUUUUUGUUUGUUUUUUAUUAAAUCUUGCACA